UUCACGCAUACUGCUCCGUCUUCCCCCUGGCGAAAUAAAAGAGGUGGAGAAACAAAAACACACUCUCCCCUCCCUGGAGAAACAAAACACACACUCUCCACUCCCCUUCCCAUCGUGACCAACGACGAAACCUAUCCACUUCUCAGAUCGUCGACUACCGGCGACCACAUUCAUCCCCACCAGGGAAGGCUAAUCAACACUGCAGGUACUCUUCUUCCAUGUUUGAUUUCUGAUUUGUUGCUUCCUUUUCGUUUUUCCCCAUCAGAUCUGAGCAUCAUCGGCCUCCUGUCCAUUCGACGGCCAUGGCGACCACAGGGCCUCGUUUCCCAUUGGAGAGCACAAGGCAGCAUUCCCCAUGAUGGCCAACCAGUACUGCAGGGAGGUGAUGUCGGGUAGAGGUCGUGCACAGAUAGCUGUUCAAGGUGAUUUGUCUAACGGACGGGAUCUCAUGAAUGUUGACACAGAGCAUGAUACUACUGAGCCUACUCCUGAAAUUGGAACCACUCCUAAGAGAGCCAAAUGGAGCCAUGAGAUGAAGUUAUUUCUUAUUGGGCUCCUCAAAGAUCAUGAUGUGCCAGGUUUUAGAACACAUAAUGCUUGGAGUAAGGAGGCAUGGACAAAUAUUGUUUGUCGCUUGAAUGCAAAGUUUGGUUGUUCAUUUACUCUCAACCAAGUCAAACAGAAGGAGCAGGACUUAAAGAAGGAUUAUCGUGUUGUGAAAGAAUUACAAGAAGAAAGUGGUUUUGGAUGGGACAGCGAGAGAAAGAUGGUGACGGCACCUCCAAAUGUUUGGGCUAAUUUUGCUGCUCGCAAGAACAAUUCUGAUGCCCUCACUUGGCAAGAUAAAUCAUUUCCAUAUUUUGAUGAUUUAUUUGCACUCUAUGAUGGUCGUUAUGCAGAAGGGAGGACUCGUCAUGGUAUGGAUCAUUAUGCAAACAAGGCAAAGAACGCAUCAAAUCCUUCAACUCAACAAGCAUCAACAGCUGUGACAUAUCAAUCACCGUCUCCUACUUGGCCUGCUGAAUUUGAUUCUGGUUUGCAGUUUCCUUUUGAUGAAGAGGCUGGUGUGACUCCUGUGCAGCACAUGAAAACUCCUCCUAGCUCAACACCGACACCUUUAGAAGGUACGGAAUCUCGACGUGGAAAGAAACAAAAGACUAAAUCUUGUAGUCCUGAAGAAGGAUUUCAUGAGAGGUACCUAAAGCUAAAAAGGGAAGAAAUUGAUAGAUUUGCUGCUAUUGAGGAAAAGAAAUUGGAGGAUCCUUACAGCAUCAACAAGUGCAUCACGGUGCUUGAAAGCUUAAAUGAUCUACAAAUGGGGGAUAUAUUAUUGGCUUCUGAUAUUUUCCAAAACAAGAAUAACAGGGAAGUUUUCUUAUCAUUUCAAGGUGAUGCAAUUCGUUUGGCUUGGGUUAAAAGGGAGAUUGGGCAUUUGCAGGCUGAAAAAAACUAAUGGGGCUGGUUGCAUUGAUGCUUUUGUUUGGGAGUAUUUUGUGAUACUUUUGUUUGGGAAUAUUUUGUGGUACUUUUGCAGGCUGAGAAAAAACUAAUGGGGCUGGUUGCACUGAUGCUUUUGUUUGACAGUAUUUUGUGAUACUUUUGUAAGAGUACAAUAGUAAGAGUACAAUAUUUCUAGCAGCACAAUGUUUAAGUCCUGUGAGCUACAUAUUGUUCUAGCAGUACAAUAGUAAGAGUACAAUAUUUGUAGCAGUACAAUAUUUAAGUCCUGUGAGUUACAUAUUGUUCCCACAUCUGAUGUGCUAUAGCAUCUCUCUUUUGAUUUCCAGCUUCUCUAGAAUUAUUAAAUCUCUGUAUAUCACUGUUAUAGUUGUGGUCACCACUUGGCAUUUCAACAACCUGUUCUGGAUCUAACUCAUCAUUGGAAUUAGUUGGCCACUGCAUAUCUCCAUUAUGUAGGCGUAUAAAGUUGUGUAAAACACAACAAGCAACUGAUAUAUCAACUUGCUUAUCAACAGGAUAGUGUGAGCCAGUCCUUAGUAUAGGAAAUCUCAUUUUCAAUAUACCAAUUGAUCUCUCAAUAUGGUUUCUCAGUUGUGCAUGUCGAAGAUUAAACAGCUCCUUGUAAUUCCGAGGCUUUUGA